GUGAGCUCCUAAAAUGUCACAGUCCAGUGGGAUCUUGGUGCCAGGUAGUUCAUGAAAAUGGAGUCCUCGUCCCAAAGUGUGUCUGUCCACAGUCCUGUUCACGGCAGAGGGCACCAGUGUGCAGUGUUCUUGGAAAAACCUAUGGGAACGAGUGUUUGCUGCAUGAAGAAGCCUGCAGAAAGAGACGUCGAAUUGGACUGGCUCAUACUGGGCCCUGUCUGGUCCCCAGGGCUAAAUGCACUGAGGAGGAGUUCAGCCAGUUUCCAUAUCGUCUCCUGGACUGGUUUCUGCUCCUGAGUCGUAUGGGGGAGUCGUAUGCACCUGCUCCCCCGUCCCAGAGCUGCCUCAGUCACGCCCAGAGGACACAACUGGCACAGCAAAGAUUUACUUUGUUGGACAAGAACAAAGACGGCAAGUUGAGCCGCCGAGACCUGAGGAAGCUGGGUUACAAGAGGAUGCCUCUGGAGCAUUGUGCUACGCAGUUCUUUCGGUCAUGUGACCUUAACAAGAACAGAAAGGUGACCCUGCGGGAGUGGACCGCCUGUCUUGUGGAUCGCUCUGAGGCCUGGUUCUUCAAUUUUAUGUCGAUGAGAAUGGGCUCCCGUAAGCUGUGUCCUACAGUCAAAGAGAACCACCUCUGACAUGACUCUUGCUGGUCCUUCUUUUUUUUUUUUUCUUUGCAAAGAGCUCACUGAAGGUUGUUAUCUGAUUAAAAGAUACAGGAAGGCAUCUCUACACACUGCCCUCACUCUCAUUCUGUUUUCCUUUGUAUCGCAGCUUGUUAUAUAGUGAUUUAUUAUGUUAUCAAAUGAGAGAGCCCGCUGGUCAUCUGUGCGCUCAUGUGUAUGCUUAAAUGACACAAUUAAAUGUCUGGACAUACUGACCGCAAGUAGUUUUUAAUUACAUUAGCUGACAUUUGUACAUUUGUGCAGAGACAUUGGCGACAUUAAGUGCCAGAUUGCAUGGCAUGCUUUAAACAACCAAUUAAAAGGGAGAAUGACUGCAUAUUGUGUACUUGAAUGACAAAAGAGAUGGGAAAUAAAGACAAGUGGGAAUUAAACCCUUAGGAUGGGAUGACGUGACCAGGGAAGAGACAAAGAGAUAAUAAUGGGGGGUGAAGGGGAAGAAGAGGAGUAAAGUGUCAUGAUGCACUGGAGGAGAGUGAGAGCAAAGUGACUGAAAGUAAGGAGAGAGAAGUAUAAAGUGUGUAUGUGGACGACGGGAGGAAGGAGGUAAUGCACUGUAAAUGGGAGUUGAGAGUAAUGGAGUAAUGCAUAAAAAAUGGAUCAGAAAUGAGAGAAAGACUGAGAACGGGGAGUGAGGGGGGGAAGGGAUGGCUGGGAA